ACAAGAGACUGUUUAAAUAAUAGAUGUGUUGAAGGUGCAUUAAAGAAUUAUUCACAAAGAUUAAUUGAUAAUAAUUGUGAUUAUGUUCAACAACAACAAGCUCUUUUUUUUCUUGUUCAUUGUGUUGGUGAUGUUCAUCAACCAAUACAUUGCGGUUUUAAAGGAGAUUCUAAUGGGAAAAAAAUCAUAGGUUUUUUUUUCAAUGGAGAAAAUCUAACAUAUCUUCAUAAAAUAUGGGAUACUGAAAUAAUUAAUGUUCGUAUUAAUCGUCAUUUUCAAUCAGAUGUUAAUCUUUAUUAUGAAUAUUUGAAAUCACUUAUGUUUAGUCAAUCUUUAUUAAUUAAUGAAACAUAUAAUGAUUAUAAAAUAUGGAUUGAUGAAAGUGUUGAUUAUGUUUGUCAACAAGUUUAUUUCGAUGAUAAUAAUAUCAAACUUAGUGUUUCAAGAAAUUUCGCAUUAGGUGAAAAAUAUUUCAAUCGAAAUUGGCCUCUUAUUGAUCAACGUUUAGCACAAGCAGGUUGUCGACUUGCAUCGUUACUUAAUCAAUUAGCUAAAAAUAGAUCAUCGAGAAAACUUCCACCAAAUAUUCAAAUUCUUUUUAUUGUUUUAUUUAGUGGAUUAGCUAUUGGUAUUUUUGCAGCUCUAAGUGUUUAUUUAUAUAAACGACAGAAGAAUAAAGAAUAUGAUUCUUUGACGCCGGAAUAA